AUGGUUGAAUUGGAACAUCGCAUUAACAACGUAUUCUCUAGAAAACGAAUUGAUUUUGGAGUUCUUUCUGCACAGGAUGCCAAACAGCUUUCCAUUCUUGAACUGCAUCAGCGCGACUUGUACGAUGUAUCGAAAAACAAUCGACCUCCUGCCAAGUUUGGUGCGCUCGACAGAAGACUGGGCACUGCUGAUAAGAGCAUUCCUUGCGAAACUUGUGGUGAAACCAUGCAAGAUUGUGUAGGACAUUUUGGAAUUAUUCGACUGGUAUUACCUGUUUUUCACAUUGGUUACUUCAAGCUCAUGAUUACGGUUUUACAAAAUAUCUGCAAGUCCUGUAGCUGUGUACUCAUUGACGAACAAACUCGCCGGGUUUACUUGAAACGUCUUAGAAACCCUAAUCUGGAUGGUGUACGUCGCAAGGAUAUUUUAAAAAAUCUCAAUAUACUCUGCAAAAAAACUGCUCGUUGUCCACAUUGCAAUUCUCUUAAUGGAAUGGUAAAAAAGGUUGGAGCAUUAAAAAUUGUCCAUGAAAAGUUUAAAAAGAAAGCCAAGACAGAAGAAGAAGACGAGUUUCGAAAAUCCUUUAAUCAUGCCAUUAAACUCGAUCCAACUCUCAAGGCGCAUAUCAGCAAAGCUCAAGAAGAUUUGAAUCCUCUCGUUAUUAUGAAUCUUUUUCAAGCCAUUUCAAACGACGACUGUGAGCUGAUGGGACUCAACCCAGAACUCUCCCGGCCAGAACAAUACAUUUGGAGUGCAUUACCUGUUCCACCAGUUUGUAUUCGUCCAUCAGUCGGUCAAGAAAACUCGAGCACUGAGGAUGAUUUGACAGUAUUGGCGUCAGAAAUUGUUGAUAUAAAUACAAAAAUCAGAGCAUGUAUGCUUGAUGGAACACAGACUCCACUUUUAAUGGAAUAUUGGGAUUUUUUGCAGUUGCAGUGCGCCAUGUAUAUUACCAGCGAUCUUCCAGGCAUUCCAACACAUUUACAAGGCAGCUUGCCAAAAAUCAAAAAAGGUUUUUGUCAGCGUCUAAAGGGAAAACAUGGACGGUUUAGAGGAAAUCUGUCAGGAAAGCGAGUUGAUUUCUCUGGCAGAACUGUUAUUUCUCCAGAUCCAAAUUUGCGCAUUGAUCAAGUUGCUGUUCCAGAGCGAGUGGCCAAAGUACUGACCUAUCCAGAGCGCGUUACUCCAUAUAACAUUGAGCGACUGCGUAUGAAUGUCAUCAAUGGCCCAGACGUGCAUCCAGGUGCUACAUAUGUAGCAGCGCAGUCGACAGGAAUGAAAAAAUUUCUUAAAUUUGGUAAUCGAAAUCGCACCGCAGACGAGCUUCAGUAUGGUGAUACAGUUGAGCGUCACUUACAAGAUGAUGAUGUUGUUCUAUUCAAUCGCCAGCCUUCUUUACAUAAACUUAGUAUUAUGUCACAUUUUGUCAAAGUUCGGCCAUGGCGGACAUUUCGCUUCAACGAAUGUGUGUGCACACCAUACAAUGCUGAUUUUGAUGGUGACGAGAUGAAUCUUCACGUUCCUCAAACUGAAGAAGCUCGAGCUGAGGCAAUGGAAUUGAUGGGGACCAAGAACAAUCUGGUUACCCCUCGUAAUGGAGAACCACUCAUUGCUGCAACCCAGGAUUUCAUUACUGCUUCGUAUCUGCUUUCUCGCAAAGAUGUGUUUUAUGAUCGCUCUCAGUUUUCUCAGAUUUGCUCAUAUCUGGGCGAUUCGCUGCUAAAUAUUGAUCUACCUCCACCGACAAUUUUAAAGCCGUUUGCCCUUUGGACUGGAAAACAAGUGUUUGGUGUAAUGCUAAGACCAAGUCAGGAAUCCAAAAUCAUUAUUAAUUUGGAGACUAAAUGUCGUACAUUUGACAAGGAUCAAAAAGACCGUCAUGGCAUUGCGUUUGGCAAAUCUAAAACACAGGCUGGACAUUUAUUCCACCCGAGUUUUUGUCCUAAUGACGGAUACCUGUUUUUCCACAAUAGUGAGCUCAUGUCUGGUGUCAUUGACAAGGCGAUUAUUGGUGAUGGCAACAAAAAAUCCAUGUUUUACGUGGUUUUACGAGACUAUGGACCGCCAGCAGCAGCUGAUUGCAUGAACAAAAUUGCAAAGCUUUCUGCUCGUUGGCUGGCAAACCAAGGAUUUUCAAUUGGAAUCAAUGAUGUACAGCCUGGCGAUCGACUUCGAACGGAAAAGGAAAUCACGGUUGAAAAGGGAUAUACGGAUUGUGAUGAAACAAUUGCACUUUCCAGACAAAAUCUUCUUCCAAAUCAACCUGGUUGCAAUCAAGAACAAACUCUCGAGUCCAAGCUUUCCGGAAUUCUUAGUAAAAUUCGUGACGACGUUGGACAAGUCUGUUUCCAGGAACUUAACAAAUACAAUGCGCCUUUAAUCAUGUCACUUUGUGGUUCCAAAGGUUCAAAAAUCAACGUGUCGCAAAUGGUUGCUUGUGUGGGUCAACAAAUUAUUAGUGGUAGCCGAAUUCCCAAUGGAUUUGGUGAUCGUUCUCUCCCACAUUUUGCAAAAAACUCAAAAACUCCUCCUGCAAAAGGAUUUGUUGGAAAUAGUUUCUAUAGCGGUCUUUCCCCGACAGAAUUUUUAUUCCACGCGGUUUCUGGUCGUGAAGGUCUUGUUGAUACUGCUGUCAAAACAGCUGAAACUGGAUACAUGCAGCGUCGACUUAUGAAGGCAUUGGAAGAUCUUGUAUGUCACUAUGAUUUGUCAGUACGUGACUCUGGAGGAGGUAUUGUGCAAUUUCGCUACGGUGAUGAUGGACUCGAUCCACCCAACAUUGAGGGCUCUGAGCUGCCUGUUGAAUUUUCAAGAAAUUUGAUGCACAGUCGGGCACUUAUUCCAAUUGAAAAUGAUCCGUUUCUCUCUCGAAACCAAUGGCAAAAAAUCAUUCAAGUUGAGACCAACAAAAAAGAGUUUAAAACCAUUUGCUCCAGCGAAUUUAUCAGAGCACUUGUUGCCUUUUUAGAACGUGAGCUUGGCGAUGUUGCAAAACCAGUGCAUGGUAGAGAUACUGAUAAAUAUGCCAUCAAGAAUGGUGUGACUGCUACACAACUAUAUCAUUUUAUUAAUACAUGUAAAACCAAGUAUAUACGAGCUGUAGUACAACCAGGCACUGCGGUUGGUGCUGUUGGUGCUCAAAGUAUUGGUGAACCCGGAACACAAAUGACACUCAAGACAUUCCAUUUUGCUGGUGUUGCUAGCAUGAACAUUACACUUGGAGUUCCUCGUAUUAAAGAAAUUAUCAACGCUUCCAAAACCAUUUCAACGCCCAUUAUUGAUGCCAAGCUUGCACCUAUGGUUGGAGGAUACGGUGGCAAUCAAACACGCUUUGCUGCCGAGGCAGCUUCUCGAGUUGUAAAGGGUCGUAUUGAAAAAACGCUUUUGGAAGAUAUUACCGAGUAUAUUCAAGAAGUUAUUACACCCGAAGAAGUGUGCAUUGUAAUUAAGAUUGAUUUGGAAACAAUCCGCAAACUUCAGUUAGAGGUCAAUAUUGAUACAAUUCGUUGGGCCAUUAUUCGUGCACCAAAACUUAAAAUUAGCGACAUGGUAACUAUUUCCGAUAGACUCCGAGUUGUCGUGCCACGACUCAAGAAUGACUCGAUCAACUCAUAUAUCAUUAUGCAGGCACUUAAACGAGCAUUACCCAAAGUUGUUGUCAAGGGGCUUUCAACCGUGUCCCGUGCAGUCAUCAACGAUGUAACAGAAGAAAGCCGGUUUAAUCUUCUUGUUGAAGGAUAUGGUCUCAAAGAAGUGAUGGGAAUUGAUGGUGUUGACGGUCUAAAUACAAGCUCCAACCACGUUCUUGAAUGCUUAAAAACACUUGGAAUUGAAGCAGCUCGACAAACUAUUAUUGAUCAAAUCUUGUACACGAUGAAAAGUCACGGCAUGACCAUUGAUCGACGACAUGUCAUGCUUCUUGCUGAUUUAAUGUCAUUCAAGGGCGAGGUUCUCGGAAUCACUCGAUUUGGUAUUGCCAAAAUGAAGGACAGUGUACUUAUGCUUGCGUCGUUUGAGAAAACGACCGAUCAUCUUUUCGAAGCGUCUUUCUACAGCAAACACGACAAGAUUCAAGGAGUGUCUGAAUGUAUUAUUAUGGGCGUACCCAUGUCACUGGGAACAGGCUUGUUUAAACUGGUUCAAGAAACAAACCAAUUUGUCAAGACAAAACAGCCGUUACUAUUUGACGCUCCAGAUUUCCACAGUCCUUUAUUUUCAGUCUAA